UGCAUAUAGUUGACAUCAUUGUAAAUGGUUUUAUCUAAGCUGAUAACAUACUUAAAUAAGCGUGUUUGUUAUGGUUGUUUCAUAUACACUUCAAAACAAAAUCGUGUUUUAAUAUAAAGAAAAUAUUAUUCGAUUGUGGGCGGAUUUAUAACUUUUAUAACUUUCAGCUAUACUUCACGCUCGGUGGAUUUUAGUUUAUGAUACCAUAUACAUGUGUACAUAGAUCUACAUCAUAUUCAAUGACAUUUAUUCACUUUCCUUUAACCUGUUUAAGACUAUCGGGUGAAGAAAUUCAGGGCUAACAUGACUUGGAUUAUGAAGAAUUUCUGAUAUCCAGAUAAUUCCAUGUGGUGUGAUGUCUCUCUAUGACAACAAUGAACCCAACCUUGCUCCAAUGAGUCAUGAGUGAACCAAUGGAUACAUUCCCAUUAGUUCCUAAAGUGUCCAAUGGGCGUGUCCCUCAUGAGAGGGCGGGGCUGAACUCUGACCUGGAACAGGGGCUAGAGGAGGUAUACGAGGAGUCCCUAAAGUUCCCUUAUGAGCAUGCGGAAGUCACAUUCUUGCAAACCGGGAUUGAGCACCUAGUGGAGACGAUUGUGGCUGACCUCACGAAGAACAAACACCUUAUAUUUGAUCAAAUUACAAACCGACCGAUCAUUGGUUUUGAUACUUUAGAUGAGAAUCAUGAAAAUGUGGUGAACAGGAUUGGCAGCUUUUAUGAACAGACUAGGAACACGUUCCCUGACGAGUUUGAUUUUGUGUACUCGCCUUAUAGACUUUCCAGCACGGAUGAGAGCUUUCAGGACUGGAAAUAUCACACAAAUGAGGAAGCUUUUAAGAAGAGAAUCUCUUACCUGGCUAACUCUGGAAGGCUGAUUUACCGGGAUGAGGAAGUUGGAGAUUUGUUCUAUGCUUCUUACGCUGGGAAACAGGGAAUUACUUCAAAACUGAAGUUCACAUUCGUCCGCAGCCUCCACCAUUACAGGAGAAGCAAAUCGAUACGUUUAAAGAAAAAGAUAAGCGUUACUCUGGUAGCGGGCAUAACCUUAAUUGACCCAAACCUUGCCGACCACGUGGACCGGAUGUGUGUUGUACCCGAGUUCAGGCAGUGUAUUAUCGAGAGCGCAUCCUUUCGAUACCUCCUACUCGAAGACUCUUACACGGCGUUCGCAAACAGUGAAAUUCACUUCAUGACGAACAUUCUUUCCAAGAAACAUGUGAAAGCAUACAUGUUGGUAAAACACCUUAUCAAUGGCCACAAAUCCAGAAAUGAGCUACUGAAAUUGUGUUCAAAAUCUAAACAUAGCAUAUACUGUGAAAUUCCCUCCUAUGCCAUUAAAACUGCUAUCAUUCGGCACCAUUACAAUUGUUCAAACGCUUCAAAUAACUGCUCGCCAUGUGUUCUUUCCGUGUUGGACAUGUUCUUGUUGAGUUUCUUCAAUCCUAUUGCAAAAAUGGACGAAAAUGAAAAGGAGUUUCACUAUGUCGAAGUCGCCACUCUCAGCAACAAAUGCUUAACUCUUGCCUCGGGUCCAGAACAAUUCGUCGAGGGACUUCAUGCAACCCUUAAGACAUUCAUUAACUAUCUCACGAACUACCGAAAACGUGGACGUGGCUUCAACUUUGACCCACUCUCCACCCACUUCACGCGCUGGGUGAAAACGUUUGAAAUGCGGAACGCCUCGAAGGUUCGCCGGGCCCGGGCCGAUAUCUGUGAUAAUUUUGGUGCAGACAAUAUGGCGACCUGUUGCUACAACAUUAUUAUAGCACUUUGUGUGUUUGCAUUUGCGGUCGCUAUUAUCUACAUCUGCGUUAAGGAGUCAUAGAAUCAUAGAACAACAUAUCGCUUACAGGUUGCAGAGAGAUGAAUUUAUGGUCGUCGUUGUGUUGCUUAAUGAGUCAUAUCUUUUCUAGCGUAUUUAUGGGGUGGGGCACAGCCAAAUGAAAAUGUUCAUGUUAUGGGAGAAUACAUAUAAUUAGAUUACACCAGAAAACACAUGUUUAGACAUAGCAUAGCCGAAAAAAACACA